GGCCCACCUGCAGUACCGCAACUUCGUCACGUGGUGGCAACAGUGAGGCUAUUAGGAAGCGAGAUACCCCGCAGAAACAAAGAAGAAGGGUUCAGUGUGUAUGGUUCGGAGCCGAACUCGGAACCACAGCUUUGCUCAAAUAAUAAUCUGUGUUUUGUUGCGGACCGGAACCAGUUGUGGCUUCCUGCUGCUUGUGAAGCGCCGCACCGACCCGCAGCUCCCCGCGCGGCCUCAGUGCAUCUCUGCGGGAGAAGAUGUUCCGCGGCCGGCCUCCGUUUAGAGGCUACCCGCCUCCUGCGAGGCCUUACCCGUCACAGGGAUAUCGGGACGACAGGGCCCGACCGAAACCUCCGUACCACCAGGACUACCCGGAGUACCGGGACUACGGAGCUUCGGAAGCCUACCACAGGAGGCACCCGUCCCCCGGCCCCGGAGGCCACCGCGGCGGGGACUUUUGGACCGGAGGUCCGCCUCCUGAGAGGUCUCCGCCUCACAGAGGACCAGCUCACCUGGACCACAACCUGGUCAUCAGCGUGGGGAACGAGCUGACUGGCCCACCGCACUACCACGACAGAGAUUACCUUCCCCGACCUGAAUAUGAGCGGAGUGGUAGCAGGGGCCAAAGUCCAGACAGGAGCCGGGGACGCAGCAAGAGUCGUCACCGCGGAGAGAGUCGGAGUCCAGACAGAAGCCGGGGACGCAGCAAGAGUCGUCACCGCGGAGAGAGUCGGAGUCCAGACAGAAGCCGGGGACGCAGCAAGAGUCGUCACCGCGGAGAGAGUCGGAGUCCAGACAGAAGCCAGGGACGCAGCAAAAGCCGGGCCAAGAGUCGUGGGCGGAGCAAGAGUCGAGCACGCAGCAAGUCUAGAUCCAGGUCCAGAUCUCCCAGGAAGAGCAGAGGAAGGAGUCGUAGUUUCAGCAGUUCGAGCUCCAGCAGCUCCAGUUCCAUCAGAGACAAGAAUGAUCCGUCCAGGAAGCAGUUUAAAGAGCUGGAGCUGGCCCGACGCAGGAGGGAGGUAGAGGAGCUCCUGGGUCAACCUACCAAAUCCAUCCUGAAGAAGCACAACAGUUACGAAAACUCGCCGUCUUUUCGGAGCUCCGACUCGCCCAGGGAUCUGGACCGCACCAUGGCUCGUGUUGCCGACCAGCUGAUGCAGGCUGUUAAGCUGAACGACCCGCAUGCUGUGGCAGCUGUUCUCUCAGAACUGCGGUCCGACCCGCAGAUGUCUCAGCGGGCCAACCUCAACAAUGAGAUCAAAGAAAUCCUGAACCUGUUGGGCGUGGCAGAGCCAGUGGGCGGAGUUCCACAGAAAGUCCUGGACGAUAUCGAUGAUGAGGAAAAGUUUCUGUAUGGAGAAUUGGAGGAGCCCAGAAUGUCAGCGGCACCAGAGCCAGAGCGACAUCACAGCCUGGAUCUGUACGGAGACGUGACGGAAGACUCGCUGUACUCUGAUCUCCCCUCGCAAAGAGCCAUGGCCGGUCAGGUGUACAACUGCCCUCCAAUCAUUUCACCACAUCUUCAGGUCACUUCAUCUGUGAGUGAGCCAAACAGGCACAUGAGUCAGCCCAGCAUCAACCCCGACCAGAAUGUCAUGGCCUAUCCUCCGGGAACAGAGCCACUGGAGGAGAGUGAGCGCCAGGCGUUGGAGGAGUACGAGAAGAUCCAGGAUCUCCUGAAAACCAUCGGGCUUGACCUGGGCGUUGGAGAGAUCAGCAAGAUGGCUGCCAGGACCAAGGAGCGCCUUCAUGGCAACAAGCAGCCUCCAAAGACACCCACGCGGCGACAACGAUACUCUUCCGGCAGCUCCAACGGCAGCCGCCAUAGCCGAGGCCGGAGCAGGCGGAGCCAGAGCGGCAGUUCAAGCAGCAGCAGAAGUCGCAGUCACAGUCAUGGGCGGGGCACCAAACGGGGGGCCAGCUGGAGCAGUGAGGACCAUGAGUCCAAGAAGACCACAGCUGCUAAAACUUCCAAAGAUUGGGAGGUCAAGGAGACAAAGAACGAGUGGAGUACACCAACGCUGCCUCAGAGUCAGACCUCUGAUCCCGCCCCCAUCCCGACUCACACAGGCAUGCACAUUCCUACUUACCCUCCCCCACAGCUCCCUGGCAUGAUGCCCCCAAACUACCCUCCUUCAGCAUACAGCCAGUAUGGAAAUUACUUGCCCUACAUCCAUCAGCAGUGGCCCCCCAUGUACCCACCGCCUAACAUGGCCCUGCCCCCUCAGCCUGCCAUAGAGAACCUCACGCCGCCUCCCACCUACAAAAAGGCUUACAGAAAACCCACCCCAGACACGGGGCCCUUAGGUUUUGCGAGGAGUGUUGGUCAGGAAGAGCAGCGGCGGAGGAGUCAGGACCAGAGCAUUUCUGACGAGCAGAACAACGAAAGUGAGAAACUAAAGGUUCUGGAGGAGCGGGAGAAGCUGAGGCAGGAGAGGGAGGUCAGAAUGACCAAGAAAGAAUAUCUGAUAAAGGAGCUGGAGCGGCUCAGGAAGCAGCAAGGCGAGCUGCUGAGGAAGAAGCGCCGUGAGAAGGAUGGCCAUAAGGACCCCCUGCUGCAGGAGAUAAACCGCCUGCAGGACGAGGUCAUGGCGAAGAUCUCCAACCUCCGCAAGGAGCACGAGGCUGCCGAGAGGAAGCGCAGCGAGAUCGAGAAAGUCGCGCAAAUACUUGGCCUGAGCCCUUUAGAUCGUCCCGGCAAGAUCAGCAAGCUGAAUAAAAUCCGGGACCAGGAGGAGUUGCCUCCAAAGAGUGAGAAACGGGAGCAGGGGAGGAACCCAGAGGAGCAACCAGCUGCCGGCAGCGCCGCCUUAAAGGCAACCCCAGCGACUUCGACAAAGGCGUCGCCAGAACGGCAGCUCUCCACCGCUGAGGCUCCGCCCCCUGACCCAUUUGAGUAUUAUGACGCUGGGAACCACUGGUGCAAAAACUGUAACAUCACCUCUGGCUCCAUGUUUGACUUUUUCACUCACUUACACAGCAAACCGCACCGCAAGACUUUGGAUCCGUACGAUCGGCCCUGGGCCUCCGGUCCCACCAAGACCCCUAAGACCACCUCAGGAAACGCCAAGCAGACCAAACCAGCCAAAGGGUCGGAGUUCCUGGUUCCUGUCAGAGGGUUCUUCUGCCUGCUGUGUAAGGAGUUUUAUGGAGACGCCAUCUGUGCUGAGGAACACGUCAUCACACACUUUCAUAAUGAGAAAUACAAGAAACAAAUGUUGGAGAAUCCGCUGUAUGAGCAGAGGAGGAACCUGGACCGCCAGGCGGGCCUGGGUUUGGAGGCAGGCGGAAAGAAACGCAAAUAUGACGACGACGAUAAAGACAGAGACGAAAAGAGCAAAAACAAAAAGGAGAAAAAGAAGGAAGAGGAGGCUGCCGAGACCUGCGAUGAAAAGAUCAAAGUAAAACAAGAGGAAGAGGAGCAGAAAGUGAAGGCAACCAGAAAGAGCCUGGAGGAAGACAAGCUUUACAGCAAGAAAGAUGAGGAUGAAAAGUACAAACACAGCAAAAAGGAGGAGAAACACAACAGCAGAGAGAAUGAAGACAGGAACAGCCGGUACAGAGGCAGCAGUCGAGACGAAGAGUAUCGGCACCGCCAUCGCAGGGACGACGACGGUCAUCCAAAGUACGGCAAUAAAUACACCGAGGACAAAUACAAGCAGGAGAAAUGUUCAGAUUCCAGAUCUAAACAUGACCGAGAUGAAGGGAAGCAAAAAGCCGAGCCUGAGAAACCAGGAGGGAAACCAGACGUCAGGAAGUCUGAACCUCCGGCAAAACCCUACGAGCUGCCCAAGAUCUUCUGUGGGCCGAGUCCGGCCAUGAGGGCGAAGCUCCGCAAGCAGGCGAUGGAGGCCAACAAAGCACCGGCCUCUGCAGGCGCCGCUACUUCGUUUGGGAAGUUCACAUGGAAGAAGAAGGAGAACCAGCUGGCGAAGGAAGCCCAGAAAGUUGCAGCAGAGUUCCUCAAGGACGAAGAAGCGGCUGCAAAGCAGAAGCCAGGUGAAGAAGAGGACUCCUUGUCGAAGUCAGUGGCCGCUGCCAAAGAGAUUGCUGAGAAGCUGGCCGGUGAGGAGCUAAAAUCUCCACCUUGGUACGCGUCUGGUCGAGGACAGAUCCGGCCAAACCUCCGUGCUCCUGUGGCUCCGCUGAGGAGAGCUUCCCUGGCAGGAAAACCUGCAUCCCUUAACACAUUUCUGAACAUGAAACCCCAAAGCACCGAUGGAGGUCCACCAGGGCCUUUUCCUAGGGCCCCUUUCAGGCCUCCAAAUCCACAGAUGUUCAACAACAAACCCGGGCCUCCAGUAAGCUCUGCUGGACCGUUUGGGGCAAUGUCUGCUGCACCCAUGGUGACUGGAAGAGAGCAGUUCGGUCCUAAACUCCCCCCUUCAAUGUUGAAACCUGAACCGUGUCAGAAUACCUCUAAGCCUGAUUCAGCUGAGUCUAAACCUGAAAUGAAGCAAGGGCCACUGUUCCCUAAACCUGCUCUGGUCCAGUCAAAGCCUGCAACAGCACAGAGUAGUCCUUCAACAACUUCCCCUGCAUCGUUAAACACAGCAUCCUCAGAAACUCUGUCUGCUCCAUCAGAGGUUAAAGCUGCUCCACCCAAAGUUCCGCCUUCACAACCAGCGUUGAUAAAGAUUGUGUCCGACGUGGCGGCUCCUGGCGUCCCGGAAAGUGAGCAGACUCGCACCGUGUUCGUCAAGCCACCUCCUUUCAAGAGCAUGUUAGCGGGGCCUCAGAAGUCGGAGAAGCUCCAAGGCAACCUGGCUGCAGCCAAGGCGCAGGCUUUAUUUGACAUCUUCUACAGCAGCCUCGGCCAAGCCGGCCCUUCCUCUUUCUCCAAAACAGAAACCGACGUUAGAGCUGCUAAAAGUUCUCCUUCAGUCCCCGUCCAAAAUAAGAAUCGGCACCAAAAUAAACCUGAACUCCAACAACAAACCCAAACACCAAAUACACUCCCAACUCAGACCCACAACCAAUCACAGCCCCCAGAUGGACCCAGACCCCAAACACAGGAAAUGCCUGAAUCCCAACCUCAGAUUGAACCACAACUCCAAAAUGAACCUAAACCCCUAAAACACACCCAACCACAACCUCAAGAUGAACCCACACCACAACCUCAGGUCCAGUCACCAAAGGUACACCAUGCUCAGUCCCCCAACGAACCCCAACCUCGACAACAAGCCCAACAAAAACCAGGAUCUCAACCCCCGGAUCAUUCUCUACAUCAGGCGGAGCCGUCACACGAACCUCAAACGGCCCCCCAGCACCGUUCUACUGAACCUCCAAAUACAACACCAACUUCUCCACAGAACGGGUUUCAAAGCCCACAAACCCAAACUGAUGGUGACAUUCAGAUUACCUCUGUUUGGUCUCUUCAGGACAUCACAGCUCCAACAGCUAAAGCUGCAGGUCCUGACCCAUCUGACCCACCGCCUCACUCAGAACAGACUCCACCAGGAGGAUUGUCUCAAAGUCCACCCUCUAGUCCUGGGCCCAAAUCUCAAAUCUGCCCACAGACGAAGCCCAUUAGGAUGGAACCAGCAGCUGAGCCACUGUUCCAGCCAGAACCUCAGUUUGAACCCCAACUGGACCAGGAUGCUAAUUCACAUCAAGAGACGACUUCAGAACCACAGCCUAAACCCAAACCAAGUCCUAGAACCAGAGGUAAGGCAGCAACGACGAAGAAGACCCCUUCUGCCACUCCGGUUCGUCAGACCCGCUCCCAGACCCGAUACCAGACCCGUCAACAGCAGAGUCAACCAGAACUCGAACAGGACCCAGGGAACCAGGACAUCACGGCGUCAGAAGCUAAAGGUCUGGAGUCUCCUGAUCUGGACAAAGAGACGGAUCCUCCAGGGACGGCGGUCACCCCGGAGACCUUGGGUCUCCCUUCAGACAUGACCGCCCUGGACUUUGACUACACUUUUAACUUUGAGUAGGGGGCCAGGCUCCCAGUUAUUUACAGGACUGAUGUGGAGCUAUGACCCCCGGCUCGACGUCAGACUCCUUGUUUUCCACCAAUAAGACGUUUUAAUUUCCUCUGCAGGUUUCUGUGGUUUGGAUUUAAAGUCUCGUUCCUCUAGAUCUAGACGCCAGCGGCUCUCGUGUUCUUGCUCGUUUCUCCUCCGUCGUGCUGAAGCUGUAAUAUUUGUUUCUUUCAGCAGAGUUUUAAUAAAGGUUGGCAAAGAAUGUUCUGAA